AUGGCUAUCACUCUUGCUUCCCUCAUCAAAAGCCUCGACAAGAUAUCAUUGGAAGACCUACAGCAACUCGAUCAUAACAUCGUUCGCGCGAAGAAUGCAAUGAGCUGUCCGUUACUACGCAUUCCGGCAGAGCUUCGGAAUUGUAUCUGGUAUUUGGCCUCAGUCGCAGACUUGAAGCACCAACAUAAACUCAACCAAGAUACCGCCGCCCUUGGCCCGGUGCAGGAUCGACCUCUGCAUCCACCAUGCUUCAUCAACACCUGCCGUCAGAUCAGAGCAGAAGCCGCACCCAUACUGUUCGACUCGAUCAUGAUUUGGGAGGAGUGGCUAGGCAACGACUUCUUCCCAGCCCUGAAUAACCCACGUGCUUACCCAUUUCUAUGGACGAAGCUGGCGCCACACCAGAUCAUGAGCCUGCAACUCGAGCGCAGAUACUAUCUGCCAACCUUAGCUAUUCGGUACAACUAUGCAGACGAUUUACCCAAGGCAUGGGCAGCAGUCACAUUGCGAUAG